AUGGCCUUGCUGAACGAAGAUCAACGAAGAUGUGUACAAUCUAUCGGAUUUGGAUCAACUCUAAAUAUGCAGUUAGAAAAGCUACCUCGUAGGAUAUGUUACUGGGUCGUUGACAACUACAACCCUACUAGCAAUUCCAUUCAUGUACAGGACCAAAGACUUUUAGUGACAAGGGAAAUAGUGCACGAGAUAUAUGGGAUUCCAAUGGGUGACAUACCAAUGGGUGACCCUUCCAAAGCAAAUCCUGAAAAUAAGCUUGUCAAACUUUGGAAAUCCCAAUUUCCAAAAACAAUAAAAAGAAUACAGCUAACACAUGUUAUUGACAUGAUAGUAAAGGAUACAAAUGCUGGUCGAUUUUUUAUCAUGAAUUUUCUUGUGUUGUUUGUAUCGGUGAUGAUUGAGUAUUCAACGAUGGGGACUGUCAAUCAAGCGUUCUUGGAAAAUAUUUCGGGUGAUAUGGAUAUCAAACAACUUGAUUGGUGCAGAUUUGUUGUAUCAUGCUUGAAAUCAAGCCGAAUGAUGUGGAAACCCUUGGACGAUAAGUGCGUUUACACCGGUCCCAUUGUAUUUCUUCUGUUGUUUUACCUUAAUUUUACAAAAGUUGAGGAUGGCACAAUUCAAAGUCCAACUGCUGGACUGAUUCACUGGACAACAGACAUGUUGAAAAGGAGGGAAGUAGAAGAGCUAUCUAAAGGAGACGAUAAUUACAAAACAAAAGAUGGCGAGGAUGAUGAUGUUGUUGGACCUGAAAGAGAUUGCAUAUCUCCUGCUGGGUUUAUUGGAAAUGUAGUUGAAGAAACUUCAGAAAAUGAUGCAGACAACAACUUCAAGGUAAAAAGCAAUCUUUUGCCAUAA